CUGGCCGGUGUCAGGCGGAGAAAUAAAAUGGAGAAUUUCGUGUGAAAACAACAUUAAUCUCGCGUACGGGUUGUCAAAAGUUUGUGUACUUUCGCGACGCAAAACCGACCGAAAAGUGUUGAAAAGUGCUGCCGGAACCGGCCCAAACACGGUGGACAUUACGCCGGGUGGAACCUGCCUCGCGGGAGUGGCUUUCGGGGCCGCCAAAAAGGGGGCUUUUUUCUUAGGAUUUUUUUCGGGACAGCAAGCCCAUCACAUCACCACAUCCAGCAAAGGCAGAGCAGGCCAGGUUGAGACUGUACGCAAGGCAAGCUUGGAUUUCGAGUGUGGAAGAAAGGGCGCGCGCGGUUUCUUGCGCCUCACGCCCGAGGACAUUCCGGAACCGGAAACCGAAUUGGAACCGGGACGAAACGCAGGAAAAUCCUUUUGGGAGAAAGUGUAAAAGUAGUUUUUAAAUUUUAGUAAGUUAGAAGUGAACAAAAAUGGCUAAUAAACAUUUAUUCCGGUGAAAGUGAAAGUGCAAUAAAGUGAAAACUAUAGACUUUGAAUAGUGUUCGAGACUCUUUUUCUUUCCUUACUUGAAUUAUACCCCAAAUUUCAAAGCGCAACGGAACCUGCAAAUCGGUGGAUGGAUAGCGCUUUUCCCUAGACCACGGGCCAGAAUGAAGGAGAUGGUCGGUGGUUGCUGUGUUUGCUCCGAUGAUCGGGGUUGGUCAGAGAACCCUCUGGUCUACUGCGACGGCCAAAGCUGUGCGGUGGCCGUACACCAGGCAUGUUACGGAAUCGUAACGGUCCCGAGCGGACCCUGGUACUGUCGAAAGUGUGAAAGUCAGGAGAGGUCGGCACGCGUCCGGUGCGAGCUGUGCCCCUCGCGGGAUGGUGCCCUCAAGCGGACGGACAACCAGGGCUGGGCGCACGUCGUCUGCGCGCUGUACAUCCCGGAGGUGCGCUUCGGGAACGUGACGACGAUGGAGCCGAUCAUCCUGCAGCUGAUUCCGCAGGAGCGGUAUAAUAAAACAUGUUACAUCUGUCAGGAGAUGGGCAAGGGGUCGCGUUCGACGGCAGGUGCCUGCAUGCAGUGUAACAAGUCCGGCUGCAAGCAGCAGUUCCACGUGACGUGCGCUCAACAGUUGGGUCUGCUCUGCGAGGAAGCCGGCAAUUAUCUGGACAACGUCAAGUACUGCGGCUAUUGCCAGCAUCAUUAUAGUAAAUUGAAAAAGGGUGGCAACGUCAAGACGAUUCCACCGUACAAACCGAUUAGCCACGAAACAAAUUCCAGCGACGGACCGUCGUCGCCCGAGAAGGAACUGGAACCGGCAUCAUCCGGGCAGCAGCAGCAUUCCAGCGGGAGUGCCAUGGGCGGCAACAGCAACAGUGGAAGUGGCAACAUGAAGUCCAACAGUCGAAUGCCCGGCGGAGAGCUGGGCGGAUCGUCUUCGGCGGCGGCCUCCUCGUCCUCCUCCUCCUCGAAGCAACGCAAGUCGUCGAGCGCCUCGAAGAGCUCCGCUGGUUCCUCGUCUACAUCCGGACCAACUUCGGGCGGAAUGGUCAGCGGAGGAAGCAACUCCCUCGGAGCGAACAGCCAAUCGACGUCCUCGGCGUCCUCCGGCAUGACCGGAAUGGGCUCCGGAAAUGCUGGCAGCAGUACGAUGCCAGGAAGCAACAACAAAACCAGUGCGUCCUCGUCCAGCGGUAGCACCAAGGACAAGGACAAAUAUAGCAAAAAUGUAAAUAAAGUCUCCGGUACAAACAAGGGCCACGACAAGGAACCAUCCUCGUCCUCAUCGUCCUCCUCCUCAUCUUCACAGCGGGACAAGAGCUCCAAGUCGUCGAAAUCCAGCGGCGGAACCAACAGCAACCCGAGUGGCCUCGGUUCGUCCGCAAGCAACGUCAACAGCGUCAGCUCAAGUCUAGGAAAUUCACUCCCCAAAGAGAACGACCCGUUGUCCUCUUCACUCCCAUCAACAAUGACCAGCUCGUCGUCAAACAAGCACCAAGAUGGCAUCAAGCAGGAAAAGACGCUCGCGCAAAUUUCCUCCGCUGCGGCCUCUUCAGCCCGGGCGGCUUCCCUCUCCCCCGCGGCAAUUCCAACGACACUCAUCAUCAAACCACCGCACGAUCACUCCGGCAGUAACAAAGACCUGCUGUCCAAGGAAGCGAUUGCCAAAUUUACCACGUCGAACUUCACUGAAACGAUCGUCGUGAAUUCCGACUCCGUAUUCGGCACCACGAGCAGCACCUCCUCCAACAGCAACUCCAACAAUGCUGGUGGCCCGACCAGCCAAUCAUCCGGCAUCGGUUCGAACAUGGCGCCCACUUCAGUCAUCGAGAAUACUCCGGGUGGCGGCAACAGCAGCGGUAGCAAGCAGCUGAACAUGUCCGGAGGUGGUAACUCCUCGUACUCGGGAUCGGGUGUCGCGAAGAAGCGAAAGGCGGACGCCCGAUCGACGCCGACCUCGAUCGCAAGCGGGGACAUUGAUAUCAACCGCGAUCUGAUCAAGGACGUAGCGGUUUCUCUCGUGCCAUUGCCGCUGAACAAAAAUGACAACAUCGAUCCGGCGUCGCUGAGUGGGUUCGAGAAGAGCAUAAAGAAGGCCAAAACCGAACCAAACUCCCCACUCCAGCCGACGACGACGAGCGGGGAUCCUAACCUGCAAAACGUGAGCCCCAACCUGGUGCAGCAGCAGACGCAGCACGGUUCGAACGUUAUCUCAUCCUCCUCCAUUAAGCAUCAAUCGCAGUCCAACUCACCUCAACUUCAGCAGCAGCAACAACAACUGCAACAACAACAACAGCAGCAACAGCAACAAAACCAACCGCACACACCCAGUCUAGUGGUGUCGGUUCCCCUGUCGACAGCUACCGUACCUGGCAUAAAUCUACCGACGAGCAACAGUGGUAGUAGCGGCAGCAGUUCCACCACAACCAGCAGCAGCAACAACGCCACAAACUCAAACAGCCAUGUCCCGCCGCCGACGAGUAGUAGUCAGCAGUCGGGUAGCAGCAACAACAGCAGCAGUAGUGGCAACACCCCGAACAUCAUCUCCCCCGGUCAAAUGCCACCCGGGUCGAGUCUGUACCAGCAAAUUGCGCACCGAUCCGGCUCCGACCAGCUGCUGAACGCGCACACCUCCAACCGGUCCAGCCCGGUCAUCCAGCAGCCGGCGCCGAGCCACGUGAUCCAGAAUGCGGCCCACUCGAUCCUCGAACGGCACUCGCCCUCGAUGAGAUCGUCACCCUCGAUCAUUACUAGCGCCAGCUCGCAGCAGCAUCAGCAGCCGCCACCACAAUCGCACAACAAUCUAUUCUUGACCGCGGCGAUGGACCUCAACUCCGGCAGCAGUCUGUCCGGGGGUGUGUCCGUACUGCAGAGCAUUUCGCCCGUGCCGCCGAUGAGUGCCAUACAGAGCACGUCGUCGUCCCCGAUUACGCCCGGGGGUGAUGGCGGUCUCAAGAUAACCUUCGAGAAGCAGGCGCCCACGACGAACGCCCGCAUUACGGCUCUUCAGGAGCAGGAGCAACAGCUGGCUGGGCGGAGGUCGAGAUCACAAUCAAGAGAACGUGGUGGUGGUACCGGAAGUGGAAACAACUCGGGUGGCGGCGGCGGCGGUGCUGGUAAAACACGAAUCUCCAAAAAACGGUCUCUGCAACAACAACAACAGCAACAGCUGCAGCAGCAGCAGCACCGUUCGUCCCCGCUCAUCAGCUCCGGCACAUCGUCCUCUUCUUCCACCCCUUCCUCCUCUACCAACAACGCAAUCUAUCCGUCUAACGAGCCCACCACCACCACCACAACCUCCACCAGUCGUAGCUCUACGCCUAGUCACACUAACACGGCCAAUGGUAACAGUAGUAACAGUAACACCGCUGCCGGACCGCAACUCCCGGAACGCCACUCUGCCCACAACUCCGACAAGCUUUCCCACUUUACGCCCUCCGCUUCUUCGUCGUCCUCCGUGACGGUCCCGGCCGCCAACGCGCUGGUCAGCUCUUCUAACGCUGUCGUCCCUUCGGUCGGAACGCCGGUCAUUGAGAGCGUUGGCUCGGUCAUUCCGGCGGCGUCUCCGCUGGUGGCCGCCAAACUCUUCCAAAGCAGCAGCACAACCGCGGACCACGGUCACGGCGGCGUCGGCACCAACCCCAGUAGCAAUAACCAUAAUAACACCAGUAACAGUAGUAACAGUAACAACAGUAAUAACGCUGUCGUGGUCACGCACACCGGCAGCAAGAAGCUUAGAUCCUCGCAACCGUCGGUUGAAACACCCUCGCCAUCUACUUCCAGAACGCCGGACAAUAGUUUCGGUUCCAAUUCGUCGUUUAGCGGUGGCGGCGGCCUCAAGUUCUCGUACGAAGCCCAAACCCCGACCACCACCAUCCUCUCCGCAGCGGCAAAUCCGGCCCAAAUGGGGGCCACCUCGACGAUCAUCACCGCGCCGCAGCCGAUGGUGGUCAAGGAGUCCCCGCCCAGCUCGCCCGGAUCGGACACGGGAGGAGUUACAGCGGGGGCUCGCAGCGGAAGCAACAAGCGCAACCGGAAGCUGUCGACCAACUCGAACGCUGGCAAGAGUAGUAUCGCUGUCGGGGUCGGAAUCGCCGGCGACGCUGUUGGCGGUGGCGCCGGACCUCCCCUCGAUGCCAAGGACAGCAAACUGUUCCAGAAUGGGGUUGUGCACGCGACGCACAUGCUCGGCAACCAGCUCAAUCCGAACAGUACGGUGGCGCAGAAAAUGUCCGACCAGCUGUGCAUGGAGGUCGAUGCGCACUCGUUCGUGGAGGCGCCGACGGCCAUGCUGGGACCGCCGUUCCCCGGAAAGAGUCAAGCGGCCCGAUCCAGCAACGCGACCGCUCCCCAACCGGCCCCACCCUCGCUCAGCUCGAUGCUAUCGGGCAGUGGGACGGCCACCGCCAACGGUAACACCCCCCAGAGUCUGGAGCAGCUGCUCGAGCGGCAAUGGGAACAAGGAUCUCAAUUCCUAAUGGAGCAGGCGCAACAUUUUGACAUCGCAUCGUUACUGUCCUGCCUGCACCAACUGCGAAGUGAAAACAUCCGGCUUGAGGAUCACGUGAACAAUCUGGUUGCGCGGAGAGAUCACCUGCUGGCGGUAAACGCGAGAUUGGCAAUUCCGUUGAACCCGGCCGCCUUGGGAGGGGUUGGUCUUGGGGGAGGGGGAGGUGGAAGCGGUGGUGGCGGCGCUAGUGGUGGAACAGGAGGCGGUCCUUCGGGGACGGCAGGCGGAAGUGGAACCGGUUCCGCGGGAUCUCAAGGUCAAUUCAACAACAUGCACGGCAACGGACCGCACGACGGCGGUGGAAGUACGACGACCACGACGAGCGCCAUCUCCAGCCGGAGUAGUCGGAUACAGCAGCAUCAGUCUCAGCAGCAGCAGCAACAACAGCAAACACAAUCUCACUUUGGCAGCAACUCUACCGGUCAGUUACCACUGGAAAAUGGUAUCGACUUUAGACACUCAAACACGACACACCAGAACACCAACAGCUCAUCGAUCAGGCAUCACUCCCCGUCAAGUCAAUCCUAUCCAAACCCAUCCAACUCAACCGGUCGACAGCCUCCACCAACAUCCUUAGCAUCGGCGGCAACGGCGUCUUCCAACGUCGUCGGAUCUAUGCCUCCGGAACAACCCCCGCCCUCGUCACACUCCCGACGAGGUGGCAGCAGCAGCUCCAGCAACGCACCCAGCAGCAACAGUACCUCGUCAUCGUCGUCUUCUUCGGCGGCAGCAGCUUCGGUGUAUCAAAGUCAGCAGCAAACGAUUUACAACACCGCCCAUCAGAUUCCGCUCUUGUUGGAGCAUCACCAACAGGAGCACCAUUCCCAACAGCCACCACCGCAGCAGCAGCAGCAGCAACCUCCUCACCAUCUCCGGCAAACGCCACCGACCGUUCCGUCGACAUCACGUUCGCACGGGGCGUCACGCGGCGGUUCAAACCUGGGACCGUCCGCCCACCAGCUGCACCUUCACCAUUCCCAUCCAUCCCACCAUCCUGCGUCCUCGUCGUCAUCGUCGGCACACGCGCCACAUCCACCCCCACAACAACAACCGCAGCAUCAGCAGCCGCUUCCGCAGAGGCAACGGCACUAGGCUUAAAGAAAAAGACACGGGUUGACACCAUGUUACAGAUAUUAAUAUAAAUAUUACAACAACAAAAAAAUUGUGUACAUAAAGUUUUAGCAAUUCAACACAUAUAAAAGCACACAAAAAAAACAAACACACAUUUAACACCCACCCCCCUCGCCAUGCGAAUUAGUUUGAACAAAAAAAUUACUUCCUUUCGGAAAGACUGCUACCGGAAUGGGGGCACCGUCAAAAUCAGCACCCAAAUCUGAUCAUCAUCGGUGCAUGCCAAAUACUAAAAGACUUUCACUCAUUGAAUGCGUCUUCAGCACCCACUCACUGCAAAAAAAAAAGAAAGGAAAUCACCAAAAUUUAUCCCGGGCAAACUCUCUCCCACAGAAUUGCAUUUCUGCACGAUUUUGUUGACGUUCUCCCGCUCGCUCUGUUGUUCGCUCUCUCUCUGCUGGAUAACCCUCUCUCCCUUUUUUUUAUUGAAGUGCGGGGGGGAAAGGCAACAUAUUUGCUAAACAUUUUGCCAAAUGUUAAGCUUCAUAAUUUUGUUUCAGCACCAAACCCGGAAAUGGAUUAUAUUUAUAUUUUUUUAUUUGGUUCAAACUUUGUGGGGUCCUUUCCUAUGAUCAAAGGAGCCAUUGUGUGUCAGCCUUGCUUCAUACAAAAAUGGUACGUAAAUAUUCGAAAAUAUGUAACUUUUUAAGGAAUUUUAUGAUCGAUUUGGUGUCUUGGGCAAAGUUGUAAAUAUUGAUGAGGACUUUUCAGAAAAAAACAGGUACACGGAUUGUUUUUUUUGCUGAUUUUUAAAUCAACUUAUUUCACAAAAAAAUAUUUUCCCUACAUCAUAUUUUUAAAUUUUUGAUUUUUUUAAAUGCUUAGGGGACAAAAAAUGCAACUUUUGAGCCAAAGCAAAGUUUACCGACGAGUUACAAUUAUUUGAAAAAAAAUGCUGAAUGAAAAAAAUAAAAAAAAAAUGGUAAGGAUUUUGAAAAUUUUAAAAUCAAUAACUUACAUUUCAAAAGGGCCAAACAUUCAAUAUAAUGCCAGGUCAAAGAUAUGUUUUGAUAACUCAAAUUUUGAAAAUAUUAUCAAAUAAAUAACGCAUUGAAUUAUAUUUGAUAAAACCAAAAUAACAAAAAAUGUUAUUGUUGAAGAUAUUUUAUGCUGUUUUGAAAGAUCUCAAAAUAUCGAAGCUCAUCUUGAGAUGUUGAUUGGAUAUUUUCUAACUAUAAAAGAAACCAUUUAGAACACAAAAUUAUCACAGCAAAGUCAUGAUAUUUAUUGAGUUUUUUUUAGUUAUUUUUAGAUCCUCGAAAUUUAUUAUUAAGGUUAUGUUUGCAAAUUUCAUUAAUUUUUUUUUGCUCAUUUAACAGAAUUUAGAAAAAAUCAUGGUUAGAGGGUCACCAUGUAUUUCCAUCGGGCACUUAACGUUGACUUAUCAGUUCUUUGACGUUCAAUUACAGCUUCUUAAAGAAUGAGAAUUGGCAUAUUGGAUGCAAACAGAACGGAAUUUUUAAACUAUCAGAAUUUUCCCUACAUUUAUUUUCACAGAAUUGAAUUCGAAUCACAAAUGUAAUUUUGAAUAAGUCUCUGAGAAACUCAGCAUUGUUAAAUUUCAUAUUUUUCUCUCUCUUUUGAAACAAGAAGUACACUGCCCAUGUUCGCAUAAAUGUCCAAUUUGCAAAAAAUAGCAAGCUGAGAAAAAAGCAGGCUUGUUCCACACAUAAGGCUUAUAUUCUAAGUUUUCGCGAAAAAAACUGGAUUUUCUCCAGAACAAAUUACUGGAAAUUGUUUUGGAUUUUCUGAUCAAAAGUGAUGAUUAUGCCUAUCGAAUAUUUAAGUGAACAUGGAUAGUACAGCCGAAUAAAAAAAAAGAUCUUAAAAUAGCAGCUUUGCCAUACUCAAAAAUUGAAGAAAAAAAACUGACAAAAAAGUAAUUUGAAAAAUACAAUGUACAAUAAUGAAAUUCUUUUUGAGAUUAAGUCUGUACCAUUCAUCGUUUUUAUUUUCCCACCUUAAGUUAUUUGUGUACAAAAACAUCAAAAAGAUACCCACAGUAUGGAUCACAACUUCAAAUUAGCCCGUAAGAAAGUAGCACAAUGUACAACGCAGUAAUGUUGUAAAUACAAUUUUAAACUCUUUUUUUCGAAGUCAUGCCAUCUGUAUUUAGAUCAACUUCUAAAGCAAGUUAGGAAUCGUUAGUCGAGUACGUUGGAAACCCUGAAUUGGCGUUUGUUCCCGAUUGACCCGUUUUCGUUUUUGUAUGCCUCCUAUGUUUUCAACUAGCAAAUUGUUAAGCUUCAUAAACGCGUUGAAUUAUUUUCGUGGACAUCGUCGUAGCAAUAUAGUUUGAUGUGAAAUAAUUGUAAACCACAGACACAGACAGACAGCACUCAGGUAAUUCAUGCCCUGGUAUUUCAAAGUUACAGUUGAACAGGCUUUGUGCGCUUAAACAGAGACAAAUUGAUCAAUUCGUUUGCACAAAAAAUUCUCAGCAGAAUACAUUUCAAGAGGAAACACAUUGUGUGAAGUAACGUAAAUCGUAAAAGAAAAGCAAAAUAUCCAGCAAAUGCAUGAUCUAUUCGAAUUAGUGAGAACUAGAAACCCUUACAAAAAAUACCUAAAGAGUGUCGAAAGCACGCUGUACCGCGAUAUCUAGUGCAAUGAAGAAAUAAAAUGAAACUAUCACAA